UCUGGUACGGAACAGCAGCAACACACGCAGAGGUGGCAAGACAGCUCUCCUCAGUUAACAGAAGACGCGGUAGCGAGAGGAUGGCGACGAUCCUUGUGGUUGUGUUGUCCGCCACUGUAGCCUCGACGCUCGGCCAGAAUACUAACCCAGACAUCUCACCUCCUCCUGUUACUUUCGACUGCUCCGCCAGCAAGCCGCAAACCAUCAUCCAGACCAAUCACAGCGGCGGCUUUUCUGAACACAAGACGUGGCCUUGGAUGGCGUUGCUUGGCUAUAAACACAAUCAAAGCGUAACUUGGUGUUGUGAAGGAAUGUUGAUCAAUAAACAUUGGGUUCUCUCCCACGCCUUCAACAUCUUUGAUAUUUCCCACGCGUUUGAUCGCCUUGUGGUGCGUCUUAGUGAAUAUGAUUAUGCCGAUGACCUGGACGGAGCAGUUCACCAAGACUUCUCUGUGGUAGACAUCUCCUAUCACCCUGAGUAUUCACAUGUAAAUGGACGACACAGCCUGGUGCUCAUCAAGUUGAAUUCCACAGUCCCCUUUGAGAAGUUCAUCAACCCCGUGUGCCUCCCCUGGGGGGUGGACAGCAAUAAGAACAUAACGGACAAAAAAGGACUGGUGGUAGCUUACUGGAGCAUAACAGGUUCUUUCAGUACAGUGCAGAAAGAAAGAGAGGUGGUAGUGCUUCCUGAUCCUGUGUGUGACAGACAGUAUGAGCAAACCUUCGGCCAGGAGACUUUCUGUGCCAGCAAUCUUAAUGGAGAAAUAAACUCUUGCUGGGAGGACUUUGGUGCACCUCUUGUGACUGUGGAGGCCAGUGAGCGUUACGUGGCGGUAGGCAUCCUGUCAUACAGCCACUAUUGUGACGUAAAGGAAUUCCCCAACCUGUACAACAACUUACGCUACCCGGCACACCUCGCCUGGAUCAAGAGUGUCGCGUUCACCACACUCUGAAUAGCAAGACAUAAGGACGCGGACGACGAUCACGACGAUUAUUUGAAUGACAACUCACUACAAAAUUCAACUGUUUACCCAAGAACCAUGAAUACUGAAUAUUGCAGUGAUCAAAGAUAUAUAUAUAUAUUUUUUCCCCUCCUUUAUCAUCUCAGACAAGGGAAUGCACCAAUCAUCAGGCACUGCACUGUCCUUACUCGAGAAAAUUAACUUAUGAGGGAAAUGAAUUCCCUUCUUUUCGUCUUGUCCAACGCAAUUCUCCUCCUUGUCAUGAGUUCCUACUUCUAUCCAAUAGAGAAUAUAGGAUAAUAAAACAUAUAGUGGGCAGUUUGAGGAAAAAAGUAACACUGAAAAUUAGGAAUUAAUAUAGAAGUAGAUGGUGACCACAUACAUAUGAUAACAUGUAAUUUUGCUUCAAAGAGAGAGAGAGAGAGAGAGAGAGAGAGAGAGAGAGAGAGAGAGAGAGAGAGAGAGAGAGAGAGAGAGAGAGAGAGAGAGAGAGAGACAGAGAGAGAGAGAGAGAGACAGACAGACAGACAGACAGACAGACAGACAGACAGACAGACAGACAGACAGACAGACAGACAGACAGACAGACAGACACACUCACAGACUGAUUAACUGACUGACUUAACGUUGUGUGAAAGAACUGAGUGAUAGUGACAAAGUUCUUCUUGGUGGAGUAAAUAAUGAGAUAAUCUUUACAAGGAACAGUAACGAUGUUAUCACAGUGUUUGCACUUUUGUUACCACUAUAGAUCUCUCUCUCUCUCUCUCUCUCUCUCUCUCUCUCUCUCUCUCUCUCUCUCUCUCUCUCUCUCUCUCUCUCACA